AUGUCCGUUCCAGCCACACCACCAGCAACAACACCGCCAACAGCAUCAGCAUCAGCAACCUCCGAACUACAAUCCUCUCUCCGCGAACUCUCCCUCGCCAAUAAAAGCCCCAUUAAAGAUAUUCCCCGACCGACUCCCCCCACCUCUGUCCCAAAACAACACCAUCACACGGUGAAGAAGAAGAAAGAGCCUGCUCCCGUCGCCGACUCCUGGGAAGAUGAAGUAGACUCAGCCUCCGCCUCUGACCCCGAAGGAGGAGCAGCCGACAUCUCAUCCACCUCCCCCGCUACCUCCUCCCGCUUCGCCAGCCCCGCAUUGUCACCUUCUAUCCGUUACACUGAAGGCCCCCUAGACCCCCCGCCCACGCCUAUCUCACCGCAGACGUCUGCAUCGCAGCCGCCGUGGCCUACUUAUGGUGGACGAUCAGAGGCGAGAUCGCCGGCGAGGAGGCCCGAGAAGCAGACGGCUGUAGCGGGGAGGAUGAUUGCAGGGGCGCUGGGAAUUCGGGCGCCCAAGCGCACGGAGGAGCAGCGGGCGUAUGACCGCGCGGUGAAGGAGCAAGAGAUGAAGCGGCGGAAUAAGGAAAAGGAGGAGGCAGCGAAGGCGAAGGAAGAGGAAGAGAAGGCUAAGGCGGCAGUGUGGGACAUGUGA